AUGGGAAGUAAAAGCAGCAAAGUCCAGCCAGCAGUAAGGCCUAAUGUCAAGCUUGGCUCUUUGGAUAUUCUUUCACAGUAUAAAGCAAUCUUGGCUGAGUGGAGUGGAACAACUGAUGGGACGGUUGUCUAUGACUCAAACGUUGAUUCCAAACUUGCGAGGGAGUUUUACUCUUCUGUGUUGAACAAAACGAAUAUAUACAUCAUUAACAUCGACGAGAGGGGGUACAUCUUUGGAAGUUAUUUCGAGAAAGUGAUCGACAAAAUGGACGUUUGGUUCUAUGACGAAAAGCAUUUUAUUUUUUCUUUAGACUCGAAGGGCCUCUUCCCUGCACCAACAAGGUGGAAUUCAAAACUCGGAGAACAGGGAGGAAUUCGUCUUUACGAUAAAGACAUGAAUAAGCUAUAUGAGGUUGGAAACGGCGAGUUUUGGUCGGGCGUCAGAUUUGGGUACUUCACCAUCGCAGACAUCAAUGUUAAAAACUCCUUUAAUAACAACAUAUCAUUUAGAUAUGAUAAUAUCAAAAACACCGACCUCAACGGACUCAAUUCGCCAAACUCCACCUUCUCCGUCGAGAGGAUCAUCGUCGUACAAAUGGAUCAAGAACCAAUACCCCAAACAGUGUCUAACUAA